UAUUCCUCUUCUUCAAACGCCAUAACUACUUCAUGGACUUUAAAAAUAGCUCGAUAUUUUGAAGACAAACAAAUUUUAUGAUACCUUUGACUGCGAGAGUACAUACAAUACAGCUGUAUAUAUUCGGCAUGAUGAUAUAAUUUUUAACUAAAUAAUGGCCGGGAAUAGUAUUCGAUUCACCACGGCCAUGGAUGAUGGCCGGCCGACCAAGGACCCACCGGUCACCGAGGAAGGACAGUCGGGUCUCGGUGGUGGGUUUUACGACAACAGUGACGCUAAGCUGGCCAACAAGACAGAGGACCACAGGUUGACUGUGGCUAUAGAGGGGAUCAGAUUAGAGAAGUAUCGAAGUGUGGCUGACAUUGAUGAUGAUAAGAAGAAGGUAAGGAAGGGUUUCCAAAGCCUUCUCUCGCAGCGGCAGUUGCUGGAUGUAGCCCGGGCUGAUCGCAUUGUAGGCCCCAGGCGCUCAUCGGACGGAGACAGGGGAACGGAAAACCAUAUACUAAUGAGGAGGUAUAGAACGCAAGGCGGCCAACAUCUUUUGUCCUCCUCGCCAAGACAGCUAUUUCAACCAACUCCUUCAAUGCCACAUCCGUCUUCAAAGAAACAGGAUACCAACAAACAAACCAUUGAUUACAAUGGAAACCAUGGGAACCAGCAAACCACUCAGACACCGUACAGACGACCUCACACUGGAUUCCAUGCAGUGAGACCGUUCACUUCUGGAGGUCGACGGAGGGCUGGUACCCCUCAUAGUCCACGUGGGAAGAGUCCCCAUAGGGCGGAGUCAGGAGGAGGUGACAUAUCAAUGUCAUCAAGUGACAAAACGACAACCAGAGCAAAGACCGCAACUGGAGUCAGGCAGAACCAGUUCAAACUGGAUCAAUCGAGCCAAAACCAGGGACAGAACAGUGAAGGCCAGCCCAAACCGGUUCAGACCAGUACCAACCGGAACAGCGUUGACACAGAUGACACUGAUACAGAUGAUGACACUUUAAAAGGAGCAUCACGUCCUCGCUCAAAAAGUGCAUUUGGGAUCGAUCAAAUAAGUAUCCCGACAUACCCCAUCGAAGAGGAAAUGAUGAACAUGCAAUUUUUCACCGGCCCAUCUAUGACGUCACGUCGGUUCAGCGGCUCAAUGCAAGGGCGCCCUCAAACUGCCAGUGCGGCAGUCUUGCACGGUCGGUCAAGACGAGAGCUAAGUCGCCUGACACACAUUGACGCCAUCACCGCUUCUGAGAUGGCACUGAGGAGGAAAAUGUGGCUUGCUCGACAUGAUGCCAAGAGCAAUGUAGGGGAGGCUGCUCUCCAACAACGAAUACAAGAGUUUAUUACAAAACUUGAUACAGACAAACGAAAGAGAGAGGAACAAAAUUGGAUGAUGUUUGAAACUGAGGGCAAGCGAGAAGAUUUGGUUUUGCCUGCUGUUUAAGUUCAGCUGUUAAUAUAUAAAGUAGUUCAAAAGUAUAACAAAACUUUAUCCCAAUAAGAUUAUUUGUUUUUGACUUUUGGUAAAGUAACUGCAUCAGGGGUCGAAUCCACAAAGAGUUGGGACUAGCCCUACUAGUCCUAGGAGAUAUACAAAACGUAAGGCUAGUCCCAAGUAAGGACGAGUAACUCGUCCUAACUUGAGAUAAGACUAACCUUAACUCUGUGAAAACCACCCCAGGUAAAAAGGAUAUAUUAUUUUCUUGUUUACCCUAUAUGAAUGUGUGAUACGCAUGGUAUACUUAUUUGCUUUCCCCCGAGUCCCAUGGAAAACAGUCCACAGGCUACUACUCAAGUGGGAUUCGAACCCCUGACCUCUGUCAUUCAGACAACACAAUCAGACAGUAUGCAGGCUUUACUGUGUGUACUGUGUGCAGAUGCAAUCACCACAUCAAAUAUUGGAGGCUGGUAUAGUUUUUAUAUCAAUUGAAAUCAUGGUGGAUGAUAUUGAACCGACACUGACAGACCUUUAUCACGCUGUCAACAUCUUG